AAGGGAAAAAAACAUUUGAUCUUUCACCCCCUCUAUCGAAAUUCGGGUUCACACCAUAUCUUAUGUGGAUAUAGAGGAAAAGCGACAUGUAUAGCGUCACUAUGAGACAAAUAUACCUCACAGUAUCUGUAUGAACGAUAUAUCCACAAUAUGCCACGAGCAUUCCCAUUGCCCGUUAAUAUCGGCACCGACAUCUGCAAGAUCAGUCGCGUUGAGGAUAUUCUAACGAAGCAUCAAUCAAAAUAUGCGCAUCGAUUCAUCCGGAGGGUGUUUACUCCACAGGAGCAAGUUUGGUACCGACCGAGACUUCUGCCGUUGAUUGAAUACCUUUAUUUUAUGGAACGAAGGGAAUUUAUCCAAGGGAAGAUAGAAAAGCAACAGAGAUGGAAGGCGAAAAGCUUAGAGGCUCUGAUAGGACUUGUUGCACCCAAAGAAACGCCCCUGCUGAAAAGCACUGCCGCUAAUGAUGAACCUGUGGGCUCUGUGAUAUGGUCUCCAUAUACCGCACAGGAAAAUCCGAAGAAAUUGACGAAAGAAGAAGAGGAAUCAGUUUUAAUCCAACUGAGAGAAAAUGUGCAAGGAGUCGCUAGAUUUGUGGCUGGCCGGUGAGUCUAUCCAAAAUCCAUAUAAGAAGGCUCUGGCUGACUAUCCUUCAUUCAGCUUUGCAGCAAAGGAAGCAGCAAAGAAAGCCUUCAGCAAACGACAGCUAACAUUCCACGACAUCACGAUUGAUAACCCAUCUCUAGACAACCUCAGAUCAAGAGCGCCAAUAACACUCAUUAGAGCUACAACAGGAUUCGAGGAUCAAAUUGUACCGAUGAGUAUAAGCCAUGACGGAGAUUAUGCGACUGCUGUGUGUAUGUCUUGCGAAGACGUUGCUCCUCCCACUACGCCAGACCUUCAAGAGAUACAACCCAAUUUAGCACGGCUUCUCGAUGAAAUGACGAUUAAACGGUUAUCUUUACAUGAUUCUCAUCCACUCUCGUCCGGAAAGAAACAUGAAUGGACACUUCAAGAUUCAACCUCGAAAGACACUAACCCAGAAAAAUCUCUAGACAGGUUUUCGACUCCGCUUCAGAAGAUACCAACGAAGUUUAUUUCUCCCAUCACGGGAAGGCUAUCGGAAAUUAUGAAUUCCACCCCAGGUGGUGGAUCAAAUAUUCCCACCCUUGACGCCAUGGAGGAUUUGAACAUUUCAGAAGCCUCAAGUCCUGUUCAGCCAGUGGUUUUUUCAUCUCCUGUCAAGGACUCGGAGAUCCAGAGUAAUCUGAAUACUUCAGAAGUCCCAAAUAUUGUUCACUCGGAAGCCUCUUUCCUUUCUACUCAAAAAUCAAUGAUUAGAUACCAUAUGUGGAAUGGGGGAAGUGCUUUUAAUUCCAUAAAUGUCGAUCUUCAAGAAACCUUUGACCGAAAUGCCGAGGGUUUCCAGACCAGAGAUUAUUCUAAAGGAAGCCGAUCGAUUGACCACCGACAAGUCGAUGAUCCCCAAAGUAGUGAAGGGUUUACACCGCCGCAUGAUGAUGGAUCCAUUUCUCAGCCCAGAAGUCAGUCAUAUCAGGGGACCCAAACGAAUGACUACCAACCCUCUCAGGGCCCUCAAACUAUUAUAGGAUCUGCACAGCCAUCUGAUAACCGUCCUGUUCCUCGCCCUGGUGAUUGGAUAUGUAAAUCCGUGGGAUGUGGAUUUGAAAACAGUGUUCAACAUCGCAAGUGUGUGAAAUGUGGCACCAAGCGCCUAGAAGGCUGGGCCAAUUAUAUAGAUGUGGAUAAUAUAUAUAACAUACGUUUGGCACAGAACUCAAACCACACUGCCCUUCCAAUCGAAAUUGAUCCGGCAAAGGAGGAAGAGAGGAGAUUAAGGGUGGCAAAUCGCCAUGCAAAGCUAGAAACACGAAUGGAAAGUACAUAUGGACUACCAUCAUAUUUAGAUCCAAAAAUCAUCAAAAAGAAUGUCGAGAAUUGUCUUCGUGUUCAAGGGGUACCUGUUGGCACAACAAAUGAAGAACUCGUAGAAGCUUUCAAGGGACGAUGUACAGCCAUGAAAGGGUAUGUGAAAAUGUCGCGAGAUGGUCAUACGGAAGGGUGGGUAAUCUUAUCACGAAAGACGGAAGCGAAUAAACUACGAAAUCAAUCGAAAAGAAAGCCCCAAGAAUUACCUAUGAUUAGAAAUCGUCGGUUGAAACUGGUAGCGACGGAUGAAUGGUUAAGGGGAAUCUUGAGGGAUUAUGCGUCAGGGACUCGGGUAUGGGAUUGGAGAGCAGAUUUCUGGACGACGGAUGUAUUCCAUCCUUACGAUAAAGAGGAAUGCGAAAAACAUGCGCAACGACGGGCAGAUGCAUGGGAAGAGGUCAGAGCGGAGGAACAGCGGGUUAGGAAGUCGACGGAAGCAAAAGAUAUCAAGAAACUGAAAAAGCUUGAGAAGUCCUUUGAGAAAAAGCAGACGAGUAAUUUGUUGAGGUUAAUAGAUGGUCUUAAGAGCAAGCUUAAUCGAACCAGCAGAGCGAAGAUGGACAGAAAGUUGAAGGAAAUGGGAGCGAGGAAAGAAAGGCGUGAAGAGGAAGAAGAGGGAGAAGAGGAAGAAGAGGAGGACGAAGAAUAUGAGGAAGACGAGGAAGAGAUUGAUAUAGUGAAGAAGGACUUAUAAUUCCUGUCUGAGGCAGACAUCUAGACGCGGGUAUAGUGAAAUAAAUACCGUGAAUUGUACGAAUACGAAUAAGUAAAAUACUGAAAGAUCUUGUAUAUAUCUAUUAUAUACCAUCCACUACAAUUCAUAUAACUUCUUCA